GAGAAGAAGAGAAGGCGUAGCCGUGCUGCAUUAACACUACUAACCCGCUUUAAAUUCCGCUCCCGGGUCCGACGCAGCGCAUUUAUACGGAAACUACUGCAGCAGCGCUGUCCGACUUAAACCUUGAGAAAAAAAAUAUAUAUCUUAACCUUGCACGAGACAAGCGUUUCAUUCCUAACCCAUGGCGAACUACAUCCACGUCCCUGAGAGUGCUCCUGUAGUGCCCAAACUGGACGUGACCGUGGACGAGCACGACUACAGACCCGCAGCGCUGCAGCUCAUCAAGGCGCUCAGACCGCACUGGAAACCCACUGAGGUCAAAAUGAAGACUUUCACUGAUGGCAUCACCAACAAGCUGAUUGGCUGCUACGAGGGUGGGGCGCAGGAGGACGUGGUGCUCGUGCGUAUCUACGGCAACAAAACAGAGCUUUUCGUAGACCGUGACAAUGAGGUGAAGAGCUUUCAAGUGCUGCAUGCGCACCGCUGCGCCCCGCGUCUCUACUGCACCUUUAACAACGGCCUCUGCUAUGAGUUCCUGGAGGGCGUGGCUCUGGAGCCCGAGCACAUCCGUAACCCCGCCAUUUUCAGGCUCAUUGCAAGGCAGAUGGCGAAGUACCACGCCAUCCACGCGCACAACGGCUGGGUUCCCCGGUCUGAUCUCUGGCACACGAUGAGCAAGUACUUUUCCCUCGUCCCCACCCGCUUUGACAAUCUGGAAAAGAACCAGAGGCUGAGCAGCCAGGUGCCCAGUCCGGUGUGUUUGAGAGAGGAGCUGCUGUGGCUCCAGCAGAGCCUCUCCAAGCUCGACUCGCCCGUCGUUCUCUGUCACAACGACCUGCUGUGUAAGAACAUCAUCUACCAACAGGCAGGAGGACAUGUCAAAUUUAUUGACUACGAAUACGCUGGGUACAAUUACCAAGCCUAUGACAUUGGGAACCACUUCAAUGAAUUUGCAGGUCUGAACGAGGUGGACUACAGCCUGUAUCCUGAGCGCAGCCUCCAACUGCAGUGGCUGCGAGCCUAUCUGGAGGCCUAUAAGGAAUAUAAAGAUCAGGGCACUGAGGUCUCCGAGGCUGAGGUGGAAGUCCUGUACGUCCAGGUGAACAACUUCGCCCUGGCAUCUCAUUUCUUCUGGGGUCUGUGGGCAUUGAUUCAGGCUCAGUACUCCACAAUUGACUUUGACUUCUUGGGAUAUGCAGUUCUUCGCUUUAGCCAGUACUUCAAGAUGAAACCCGAGGUCACGGCGCUGAACUUUCCAGAAUAGUGCCUCGUUCUGGGUGGUUUGUGCUCCCCCUGGUGGACAUGGGCAGCAACAGUAGAGCUCGUCGGUCUGUGGGUUUUUAACGCUGCACUUCACUAGAUUGAAUGCUAGAAAAGAAAAAACCACGAGGAAAAUCCAUCUCUCUGUUCAGCACCUCCUUUUUAGUUUGUUUUUUAUGUCAAGAGCCGUGUCGAAGUGUCCUACAUGCUCAUGGGUUGUUGGUGAACUGAUAGAACCCGGGAUGACGUCUGUCGAUGUUCUGCACAGCGUGGUCGACCUGGUGCAGGGAAAGCGGAUAAGGACCAAGAAAAACAAAACAAUCAAGGCCUCCAUUUUUCAUCAUUGACUGUGUGGUCCAAAAAUGUAUAUACAGUAUAUGCUAACGUCCCAGACGCUGUAGUUUAUACAGUAUGUCAUUCCUGUUAGUUUACAGUGAAAACAAGUUGAUACAGGUUUACUGCUUCCAUCUGCUAGCUUUAGAGCUUUCAGAUUUAGGGUUGUAGUCUUAUAGCUGCUUUAAGAUCUGCGAUUGAGGGACCAAAGGAACCUCACGUUGAGCUCAUGCUUGCUAUGUUGUCGGUUUUUUUUCCAUUUCCUGUCACUGUGAGCAACUUUGCUGCAUUCAGAAUCUGGACAAAAAAAAAAGGUGCUUAGCAAAGAGAUGUGAAGAGCCUGUAGCUGUCACCCUACACCAAAGUGCUGAGGUUCUUCCUUUGUACAGAUUGCACAACUUAAAAAAGAGAUUUCUUUUCAUAUAAAUAUGAAGAGGUUUGUUUAGAUGUUUGUUAAAGUGGCCGUGAUGCCUUAAUAAGGACUGCUGAUGGACAGACCGUGAUGCUAAUCAAGUUCUCUUCAAUUGGUCUUAAGUGUAUUAACCCUGAGUUUUGACUUGGAUUUAUAAGACCAGACUUGCACUAAAAAAAACCUAUAUGAAUUGGGAGUUUUUAUUAUUUUUUUGCUUCGUCUGAUUCUAAACCUCUUUUUUUCCGCCUCGCAAGCCCUAUUCGGACAGGAUCAUUUUAUUAGGAUGAUAUCUGAAAUAAAGCAUUUGGCCAGCUUUCAUCUGGACAGCUAUAAAUUAUAUGAGCGCGAUUGAAAUGAAAACCGUACAUUUUUAUUUUAUUUUGAAUUGUUUCUUGCAAACAGGUGUCACUAAACUCUGUCAUUUACUACAUAAUCUCCAUUUCUUUCGACGCAAGUGUUCCAGCGCUUAACGAGUGUCCGGAUUCCACGUGAAAGAAAUUCGAUUCACUUCUAAUGAAUAAAAGUGAACUUCUAACAGCAUCACAUCCACGAUGUGUUCACACUUUAUAUGAUUCAGCCACAGAUUAUUAUAAUCAUGGUAUUGUGCUAAUGUGCUUAUGUAAAGCGAGGCUGUAUGCCCACUGUAACUAUAUUCAUUAUGCAUUAAUCAGGCUGUGGGAUUAUGAUUCUUUUUUCAUUAUUAAUACUUGUAUAUUUUCCUUCUAAUCAGCUUCGAGUUAAGAAAGUGCAUCAAAGCUGUGUGUAAAUGUUUCCAUAGGACAAACCAAACGAACAAAUUCCCACCGACAUUUACAAAAGUUUCGCUAACACUAAUUUUCGUACAAACGUGCGUACGUUGAUAAAUUACCAAGCACGGUCUCAGCACAGCUGAUUUACAUUAACCACGGCCACAAAACAACAAAAAAAGGCAAAGCUAACAAAAAAAAAAAACCAUAAUAAAAUGCCGAAUAAACGGUGAAAGAGCGCCUCUUAAGUGUGGUGUACGCUAAAUCUUCCUAUAAUGCAGCUCAGCCAAUGCAGUGCAUCAACUACGAUACACUAACUCUUCCUCCUUUUAUUGAGUGCCAUUACUUUUGUCCUAACUGAAUGGCUAGUAUUUAUUUGUUAUAAUUUAUGGAGUUGUCUUGAAGCUGAAAUGAUGGAGUUUCACAAAAUGUAAAAUAAUAAAAAUUGAAUAAAUAAGUCGAUGUAUUUAAAUUUCAGUAACUUAAAUGCCAAUUAUUCAAUUUGAAACCAAGGUUAACAUUAGUGAGUCGCAUUAUACGUCAACUAUUAUACGUAACUAUUGUAAACUAAUCCUGUCCGAAUAAGGCUUUCAAGACCUCAGUUGCUUAUGCUAUAUAAGUCUCUCUCUCUAUCUCUCUCUCUUGCUCCUUCUUUUGUAUAUCAAGUUAACUGUAACUGUAAACUGACUUUGUACAUAAUAGAUACUGUGAAAAUAAACAGAUCGCUAUGCUCUGUUCAUAAUACUUCAUCUUGUUCUAGUCAAGCUUUUCUCAGAAAUAAGUACUCGCUCAUCGAGUACCACCUUUCAAAGUAAUUCCUACAUCUGGGUCCAUAAUUGAAAACACGGCAAGUCUGUCAUGAUCCAUCAAAUCACUGCUGAAUCUGUCGCUUCCAACAAAACUGUAAAUCAAAAUGACAUUAUUUCGAAACAUCCCCCCCCCCCCCCCCCCCCGCCUUCAUUAGCAGGACCGUGUCUAUUAAAACCGAUGACAUUUUUCCUCUCAGACAUGUGAUUGUACAGAAAAUGACCCUGCGCAAGUGUCCACUACCACUUGAAGAAUAUAUGUGAAUAUUUGUACAACUUUAAAAAAAAAAAAAAAAAAAAAAAAAAAUCCUGCUGCAAUACCUUUACUUUGUGAGUUACUGUACAUAGGGGAGAUUUACUUUUCUUUUUUUUUGGUUUAUUUUCUAAAAAUUAAAUGCUAUGAAAAGAAGAAAUAAAAUCUGUAAUUUUUUUUGGGGGGGAAUAAACAAAUGGGAUGUAGAGAUGGAGUUUAGAGUCUGUAUUUACAUCAUCUGAAUGCUAAUAAAAGUAUCAAAACAUCCUA